AUGUUUCACACUUGCAAAGAUUCGUACCUAAUGGGAUAUGAACCUGGAAGUUCGCUGUACCCGUACAAAGUUGUGAGUUGUCGGAGGCCCGAUGUGAGUGCUGUUGUGCAAGUGUUCACACCUAAUUCAUACCAUCACAGCGUUGGUUCACCAGUGUUACUCAUCAACAGAUCAUUCGCAGCGUUGCUCCGCAUGUCUGAGAAUGAAGAAGUGAUCCUGUUAAAGCUGGAUGAUGUGCCAUUAUGCCGUUCGUUUGAAGUGGAAGUGGAUUCGCCGCUGCAUUGGGAUAAUAUCCUGUGUUCGAUGCCAGAAAUUGAAGACUCGCUUCUGCAACAGAUCCAGCUUAUCAGCGUUGGCCAAGCAUUCCCAAUUCAUAUCGCAUUAGCUGAUCCUAUUCGCGUCACUGUUGUUCGAAUUGAAGCACUAUCAUCGGAGGAUCAGACGGUAGCGUACAUAAACGCGGACACUAAAAUGCUUGUGAAACCGUUCAUACGCGAAUUGGACCAGGGGAACGAUGAACGCCGGGAACAGCUACCCACUUCAGUUACCCGAAUUUUUGAAGAACUAUGCAUCGAUGCGGCUGGUACAUCGUUCUCUGCCAGAAUACGACACUACUGUGGCGAUGAAGGCACGAGUUUUGCGGCAAGGAUUCUGCCGGACAUCCUUCACAGGGAUUUUCACGAGCAAUCCUCCAUUCCAUUGGUUUAUGUAGUGAAAAAUUGCCAAAGCAGCUCACCGUCUUUCACAAUUGUCAGGCUCAAAGACUACGAAACAAAGAAAUCAGCUUAUGCCCUAUCUGUUGAUAUACCUUCCGGAUCUAUGCAUUUUAAAGCUGUAGCUGACUCUUUAAAGCGGUAUGCUGUACGCCACUGUCUCCUCUCUUCCUCACUGCGUGAAGUUUUUGGCAACUCGUACAAGUGGAUUGAAAUUUCACCUCUGCCGAAGGACUGCAUUCGCCAGGUGGACACACUGGAAGUAUUCUCGAAGGUUGCUGCACUAACUUAUUUUUUCAAAUUUUCUUUACUAGCUCAAAAUCAGAAAAAUUUUUAA